GAGGCGCUGUGGCGGGAGAGCGCUCCCCGUGUGCACCGGGCUGGAGCGUCGCUUCCUGGGGGAACCGCUCCCAUGCCGGCAUGGCGGCGGGGCUGCUGCUGGAGAUCAGGCGCGGGACGCAGAGCGGGUUGCUGGUUAUCCGCGGGGCGGACCGCCCGAGCUCGCCGGUGGAUAUCUCGGUGGCCGCUGACCGUGUUGAAGUGAAGAGCGGCGGGAGCUGCGAGGCGGCGACGUUGCCGCCAGAGGUCAGGCUAGCCCCGUCCUCCUGCCGCGGCCUCCACCGUCUCCCAGGCGACGGCCUCCACCUGCGCAUGCGCUUGCACUGCCCGCCUCCGGGCGCUGAUUUGGUUCCUACUUGGAGGGAAAGCCUUAAACCCCAGAAGAAUUAUGUCUUUUACUGUCAGUCAUGUGGUGACGUCAUAGUAAAAGACCGGAAAUUCCUCAGAGUCCUUCCUCUACCAAGUGAAAACUGGAGUGCUUUAGUUGAAGAGUGGUGUUGUCACCCCAACCCCUUUGCCAGAAGCACUUUGCACCCUCAGCAUGGUGACUGUUUUCUUGGUGACACUUUUUUUCUGAUGAAUUCAGGAAGUGAAUCACAUGUGCCUGAAUCUCCCAUGUGCUGCUCAGAGACUGGAUACCAUAUUUCGCAGAGUCACUCCAACUCAAAAUCAAAGAAAAAUACCAGAGUAGUUUGUGAGCGCUGCAAGACAACGCUGGGAGAAACAGUAUCAUCAGAUACUAUUAAAUAUUAUGUCACUGAGGUGAUUAUUCAACCAUCUGAUGAAAAUUUCAGCCCCAAACCCAGGUCUCAGUUCAUACAGGGUAUGGUUGCUCAGUGUCUUGUGGAAUUGUCCUCUGCAAAAAGCACAUUUAGAUUCACCUUGAAAGGGGAUAAUGGAAAAAUCUACAUACUGAUAUGGCUUUUAAAUUCUGACACUUUACUGGUGGAGUCUUCAGGAAGUUCCUCCUCCCAUGAUGUUUUUACACCUUUUGGAGAUACUUUCAUGCCUACCUCUGGACCAGUGGGAACCUGGAAUGCUCUCAAAGUCCUUUACCAACCAUGCAUUAAAAGCAGGAAUAAGGAGCUUGCUGAUGCAUGGGAAAAUGAUAUUGGAGUUCAUCCUUUAAAGUUUCCAUCAGAAACAUGUUUGGAAUUACUGCUGAUACUCUGUCUGAGUACCACCUCUCUGCCACCUUCACUUCGAUGCAUGAACUCUUUUCAGUGGAACAGCUGAAAGGAAACAUCACAGUGCUUUGCUAAAUUGAAAUAGUGUGUGGGACAGCUUCCAGAUUUCCAGCAGUGGCCUGUGCAGGUCUUGGAUUGCCUGCCUGUAUGGCAAUGUAGGUGAUGUGACAAUGUCCACUCCUGGCUGCGAACAUGUUUUCAGGCAAAAGAGACUACAUUUUGAGGUGAUUCCCAGUGUCUUGUGUUUUCAUAGCAACACAAAAGGCAAAAAUUCAUUUCUGAAAAGCACAAGGUCUGAAGCCCACUCUGCUAAGGGAAUGUUAUAUUUUGCCAAGUGGGAGGUAAGGAAAAUGGCUGUUUUGAUAAACUUCUGGCUCCAGUUUUCACUCUCCUUGCCAGACAGUCAAUAUCACAAAAUGUUUGUCCUGGAGGGCAAACACUGUCCAGGAAAAUAUUGUUUUAUUUAUUUUUAUCCUUACAAGCCUUGUUUGGAUCUCAGCGUGUGAAUUCAUGAAGCAGAAACAAAGUUUGCCCAAGCUUUUCACUGAUCCUUUACAAUGAUCUGUCAGCCUUACCAGUUUGUUGUUUGGGUUUUUUUCCUGGCUUAUUUCUUUGUACUCAGGUUCACUUUCUAUACAGCAAAUAUUAGAAUUACAUGUCCUAGUUUUUCAUUAUCUUUCUUACAAGAAGUUGUCAAGGUCUGUAGAAAGCCUGAAUAAUGAUAUUAAAUUGUGCUGUUGCCUGAGCAUAAGAUCCCUCUGGAUCCAAAAUACUGAAGAUUGUGAGUCAAACAGAGAAUAAUAAAAGGCCAUUAAUUGAAAACUGAUAUUUCAUGUGUCUUAAUGGAGUAAUGGCAAAAUGACAAAAAUGGUUUUUAUUUUGUGGUAGACCUAGACCUCGCAGUUGUCUAGAAAAAAAUUAAAACAUUUUAAUUCUGUAUUACAAUAAUGCUUGUAUUUGAACUGAAAACAAUUGCACAGUUUCCCAUUAUCCACACGUGGCAGUCUUGUCCAUCAGGAGGCCAGGCUCUCAAAGCUGAAUGCUGGCCUCUGAAUGCUAGGGGAAUUAGAAGGAAAAUGACCCCAGAAAGUGCAGAGUUCUCUCCUUUCAUAAGUGUUCCCACUGUUGGACACAUAGUAUCAAGCUAAAUGGACCACUAGAUUCCACUGACACUUUGAUUUGUGUUUUGAUACAGUA